UAUUCUAUCAAGAGCUCACCGGGAAAGAAAAAAAGAUCUGUAUCUGGGUAGCGGAAUACUGCACAACUUCGUAAACGCACUUAUCCAAACAAGAAGAUGAUGAUACCCAGCGUGAUCGCACCUCCAGCCAUGUACCCGGGUCUUCUGCGACCCACGGCGGCGCUGCAUCCAUCAUUUCAGGCGACCUUUCCGUCUCACUCUGGCUUCAUGGUGGAUGAUCUCCUGCGCCUUGGCAGACCAACAGCGUACUUGAGCCGACCUGCCGCUCCACCAAGUGCCUCGCCGCCAAUUCCAUCAGCCCAUAACAUACAUGUCACCCACAGUUUACCGGAGCGCAUAGCCACUACUACGGUAGCGAGGACGCAUGUUUCUAGCAACUCGAAAAGUUCACCUGCUAACAAAGAUCCAACUUUCCUGAAGUUUGGAGUGAACGCCAUUCUAGCGCCAUCACCAAAGAAAGCAUCCUCUCCACCCGCACUUCAACAUCUCCACCCAAAGGCAUUCUCCCUCCCUUAUGUUGAUGGAUCUUUCUACCCCUUUCCUCGCUCGUCAUAUUUCCCAGCUUCCUCACCAGUAGUUCCUAUUCCUGGUACGUUCGCUUGGCCCUUAGCUGCCAGAGGGAAGCCAAGAAGAGGGAUGCUCAGACGGGCAGUGUUCUCUGACGUGCAGCGCAAAGCCUUGGAGAAAAUGUUCCAGAAACAGAAAUACAUCAGCAAACCCGACAGGAAAAAGCUUGCCGCCAAACUCGGCCUCAAAGACUCACAGGUUAAAAUCUGGUUCCAAAACCGACGCAUGAAAUGGAGGAACUCAAAGGAAAGGGAGCUCCUCUCCUCGGGAGGCUGCAGGGAACAAACCUUACCCACGAAAACGAAUCCUCACCCAGACCUCAGCGAUGUGGGAAAGAAAUCUUCCGGAGAGGAAGACGACGAGGAAGACGUCUUCGAUGGCGAAAGCGCGAGCGCAACAGACUUCUGCCAUUCACCAGCAGCGCGCGACCUCUCCAGCAGCGUCACGUCAAGCAUGUCGUCACCCUCACUGUCAAGCAAACAUUCGGACUUUUCUGACUCAGAGGAUGAAAUUACUGUCUCGUAACCGGUUUCCCCGCACACUGACUGAUAAUAAGCACAAAAAACUAUAUAUGUCGCCACUUUUAAGGAGAUGUGUCAGUUUUAAUUUAAUCUCAUGCUUUCAGAGAGGAUGUUCCCACUGUUCUUUCUCAGCUCACAGACAGCACGUCAGGACAUGCUUCUUAAAUGAUUUGCUGUCAUGCACAGCUUUUAGAACUGUACAGUGUUUUGUACAAUUAUUUUUGUAUGGAUAUUUUAUACCAAGAAUAUUGAGAUAACUGAACUUUCCAUAUAGAUAUAAUUUUAUAUUGAGAUUUUUUUAGACAUUUUGUGUAUAAUUUAUAUGAAUUUAUGUUGUAUUUUGACAGCACAUGUUUUGUUGAUGUUUUGUACAGAUACCAAGUAAAUUUUUUAGAUCAAAUUGUGUUUCACUUUCAAUUGCUUCACUAUCAAGCGAAAACAGUAUUU